AUGAACACGGCGUUGGGGCUCGGCGUGCCGCCGACGGCGGCGUGGCUGGCGUUUCGCGACUACAUGCAGCGCACGCCCAACUGCAACAUCGGCGCGCUGCUCAAGCGCGGCACGCCGCUCAGCGCGCACGAACAGGCCAUGUACGACGCGCCGUUUGCGGCGGGCGAGGUGAGCAAGGCGGGCGUCAGGCGCUUCCCGCGACUCGUGCCCAUCACCGCCGCGCACCGCGGCACGGCCGAGUCGCGCGCGGCGCUGGCCUACUUUCAAGCGCUGCCCCCGGUGGCGCACCGCUCCAACCUCUGCGACGCCUCGAGUCCGCAGGCGCAAGGGCUUGGCGCCAGAGUGGGGCAGCCGCUGCGCGUCUUUGUGUGCUGCGGCAUGGCCGAUCCCGUGCUGGGCGAGCCGGUGAUGCGCAAGCUGGCAGACAAGCUGUGGGGAGCAUCGACGGGCUAUCACUGGCAUGCCGUCGAAGAGGGAGGCCAUUUCGUGCAGGAGUGGUGCGAACACGUGCCGGCUCUGGUGGAGCAAGCAUGGGCGGGCCCCGACCCCGCCGCCUCUGGCCGCACGCAAGAGAGUCCGCACGUCGUCGAGUGGGUGGCUCCUUCGAGCUCGGCCAAGCUAUGA